AGAAAAAAAACAAGGCAAAUAGGGCAAAGCAAGUGAUAAAGCAUACAUCGGGAUCAAAAAGUUAUGCUCAAAUUCGAUAUGAACAGGCACAAAAGAAGGAGGAUCGAAGUGAGCCCAAUAGAAUUGAGAUGUUUGCCCUGACACACACAAGAAAAGAUGGGACGCCUGUUGAUGAUCAUUCUAAGGAGAUUAUGGAUCAAUUUCAGCAAUUACUAUCCCAACUUGAGGGGACAUCUUCUUCUACUUCUGCAUCAUCUGAAGCAUCUACAUCUGUAGCAUCUACAUAUGUAGAUGAGAUAUAUACUCAAGUCAUGGGUCCAGAGAGACAUGGUCGUGUUCGAGGGUAUGGAUUUGGUCCUACUCCUACCUCAAUCUUUGGUUCUACUAGUAGAAGGCGAUCAAGAGUUAUUCUUUCAACACAAAUUGAAAACGCCCAAGAGAUGCUAAUAGUUGUAGAACAAAAGUUUACAACUGCAACUGAAGAACUCUCAAAUGUGAAAAAGGAACUCUCACAUGUCUAA